AUGAAUAAAUUACACACUACCAUCCCUCCAGACAUUACCCACUUUCUAUCAUGGAAUUUACCACUUUGGGAUAAUGUUUCGAAUGCUGUUAAGGAUGAAACAUUAGGGUAUCCAAGGUAUCAACUACACCCUAUUGUUCAACGAUUGAAUGAUGUUCUAAGAGAUAAAUAUGCCAAAGAUAAUGAAAAAUGUCUGGUAUUUUCUUCGUAUAGUGUGGCUAAACGAGUCAGAGAAUAUAUCAAGUUCCAAAAUCCACGAUUGAAGAUCAGAAUUUUACAAUUAUCAACAUCUGAUCCUAUUAACGAUGAAGAGAGAACCUGGAAACAAGUCUGUAAAGUUGCUGUAGUUUUCAUCAAUGAAAAAUAUUACUCUUUUUUAUUUGAGUAUUGGAAACUUACUGGCGAAAUCAUAUCUAGCCGUGUUGCAGAAUAUGUUUUACAUGAAUUGUUUAUCAUUGAAAAAUCAACAAAGACUAAAACGAAAAAUAUUAAUGAUUUAAGUGAUAAUUUGUCUAGUGAAAUAAAUAAUACUGAUAAUGAUAAUAAUACUAGCAAUAAUAACACUAUUGAAUACAUUGAAACAAGAUUCGGUCGGAGUCUGAAUUUCAUGUUAGCGGAUAAAGCUAAAAAAUUAAUCAAAAAAAGAAUAGCAACUAAAAUGGUCGAUUCAAAUAAUAGAUCCUUGCACCGUAGAAACCGUGGAAAUGAUCCUGCAGAAGAUUUUUCAUAUAAUGAUAAUAAUGAAUAUGAUGAUGACUACUCUGAUGAUAUUUUGAAUAUGGAUUUAAUGAAUUUGCAUAAUUUUAAUGACACUGAUUCUGAUAUUAGUGAUUUUGAGAAUGAAUAUAAUGAAACUAAUCUAAUAAAUGCCACCACUUACUCUACAAAUAACAUAAAUAAUAAUACUAAUACCAAUACUCAUAGCAUUACUAAUUUAAUUAUUGACAAUAGUUUCAAUUCACUAAAUACACAAAAUAAUAAUAGUAGUAAUAACAUUAUACAAUCUCUAGUUCCCGCAGAAACUUUAACACAGGAUGAAGAAAACUUACUAUCCUCAAAUAAUUCAGAAUUAAGUUUAACAUCUUCACACUUUCAAAAUAGUUCAAACAACAACAAUAACAACAAUGGAAAUUUAAUUAAUUUUAAUAAAGAUGUUUAUUUGUUUCCAAGUGGAAUGGCUUCAAUUCACUUUGCACAUAGAAUAUUACUGUAUCUUGAUAAUGAAAGAAAUCAAAGAUUAAGGAUACCAUCGAGUUUACAUUUAUCCAUGCCAUCAUCACAACAAAUACCAUUAAGAAAAAAAACUGUCAUCCUUGGAACAUGUAUCCCUGACACAUUUAAUUUAUUGACAAAGUUUAAUGACUUCCAUUUCAUUCAAUCCAAUGGUUCUAAAGGAUUAGACAUCUUAAAAAAUAUCUUGCACUCAGGUGAACAGAUUUUGACUGUGUUUGUUGAAAUGCCUAAUCUUAUGAAUAAUUUUGAAAUGACCAAUCUGAUAGAUUUGAAAAGGUUAUCUGAAUUAUUUGGCUUUACCAUUAUCAUUGACCAAAGUAAUGGCGCAUUUAUUAAUAUGGAUGGUUUGAAAUAUUGUGAUAUGAUAGUCAGUUCCCUUGGUAAAUUAUUUAGUAAUUUUGACAUUACAAACAACGAAGAAGACCAUGAAGUGAUGGCGGGGUCUUUGAUUGUCAAUCCACGGGGGAAAAUGUACAAUGAAAUACAAAGUUUUAUCAAGAACGAAUAUGAAGACUUACUUUGGUGUGAAGAUGCUAUUCAUUUGGAACAAAACUCAAGGGAUGUUAUUAACAAGAAUAAUCGAAUCAAUAAGACCACAUUGACUUUAUUAGAUGAAGUAUUGAUUCCAAAUAAAAAUUUAUUUAAAAAAAUUUAUCAUCCAAGUCUAUUAGAGACAGACAAAGAAAUAUAUGAUUUAGUAAAGUAUAAAAAACAUGGAGGUUAUGGAGGAAUCAUAUUGUUAACAUUUAAUCAGAUAGAUGAAGCUAAAAAUUUUUAUGAAAAGAUCAAAUUAUACAAAGGUGUCGGUCUUACCGCUAAUUUAACACUUAUAUGGCCAUAUUAUUUAGGCAUGGAUACAAAAAGAUAUGAAGUAGAAUAUAGUUGUGAAUUUGAUAAGACAAUGUUGAGAAUAUCCGUGGGAUUGGAAGAUCCAAAAAAGUUAAUUGAAAUCUUCAGAGAUGUAAUUAAAGAAAUGAAAAAUUAA